AUGAUCGCUGCAAUUAUUUCAUCUUUUGUUAUUGUCAUAUUCAUUGUUGGCUUGGCUAUUUCUCAUUAUCUUAGACAACAUAAAAAACAAACAAAUGAUUCAUCAUACAGUAUUACAAGAUAUUGGCGUCAUCAAUUGGCAUCAACAUCAUGUGAUAAUUUAAGUCCAUCAUCAAUUACAAAUGAAAAACAAUCACAUUCAAUUGUAAAUGAAACAACAAGUAUAAUUAAAAAUUCAUUUUCAUGGCCUGAAGCAAGUAUGUUACAUCGACAAGAUCAAGAACAAACAAAACGUUCAUCAACAGUAUCUUCAUCAGCAUUAUCAGAUUCAUUAACAAUGGAACAUAUUAUUGAACCAGCUUCAUUAAUAUUUAGUCUUCGAUGGGAUGAAAUAACCAAAUCAUUAUUUGUUCGUAUUGUUAGUGCUCGAGAUUUGUUUAUUUAUAGGCAUCAUCGACAACCUUUAGUAAUUGAUUCUUAUGUACGCGUUGAACUUAUUUCCACAUCAAUGGAGAACACCACUCCAAAAACAUUUCCAUCAAUGCGUACACAUAUUAUUAAAAAGAAUGCACAUCCUAUUUAUGAUGAAUUAUUUGAAUUUACAAAUAUCGAACAAAUAAAUAAUGAUAAUUAUUCACUUGUUUUUACUAUAUCAACAUAUGAUACAUUUACAAGAGAUGAAAUUGUUGGUGAAAUUAUUUUUCCAAUUGAAUUAAAUACAUUAGAAUCAACUGAAAUAACAUUUACAAAAAUUUUAACAACUCGUCAUAAACAAUUAAGCAAUCAACAACUUGGUCAAAUGCUUAUUUCAUUAUGUUAUCAACCAGCUGACAGUGCUGUAACAAUAAUUGUAUUAAAAGCAGCAAAUUUACCUCGAAUAGGAACAACAAGAUUAAUUAAUCCUUAUUUUAAAAUUUAUAUGUUUUAUAAAAAUCAACGAAUUUUUAAAAAACGAAGUACAAUUAAACGAACAACACAAACUCCAAUUUAUAAUGAAUGUUUUACAUUUAAUAUACCAAAUAAUGAUAUAGAAAAUAUUUAUUUUGAUAUAAUACUUUUUGAUUAUGAUAAUCAUAUGAAACAUGAACCAAUUGGUAUAUGUUCAAUUGGAAAAGAUAUGAAUCAACACUGGAAUGAUGUUUGUCAUCGACAAAUAACUAAACAAAUAGCUCAUUGGUAUCAAUUGAAAUCAUUCAAUGAAUCAAUUCAUUGA